AUGGAUGAGAUCAAGAUUGAGAAGCUAUCGAUAGAAGAUGAUGAUAUAGAUACGAUACUAAAUGGACUAUCAAAGUACUUCACAAUUGGAGAAACAAAAUACGGAGGUAGAGGAUGUUUUGCAACUUCAUCAAUUCCCAAGGGGACCAAAAUUCAUUAUUGUUCAAAACCAGUUGGAUCCACAAUUACAAAACCAUUUAAAAAAGAAGUUUGUAAUUAUUGUUUUAAAUACGAUAAUGGACAAAUUAUGAAAUCUAAAAUUUCAAGUUCAUCAGGAAAAGAAUCAAUUUAUUUUUGUAGUGAUGAAUGUAUUACAAAUUUUUUGAAUCAAGAUGAUGAUAAUAAUAAAAUAUUAUUACAAAAUUUAUUAGCUGUGGAGAGAAAUUAUUUAUUGGGAUUAAAGAAACCUGAAGAUGAAUUAAAAGAACCACAAGGUGAUUUAAAUGAACAAAUUAAGUUGGAAUGGGAAAAAGUUGAUAAAUGGAAUAAAGAAUUGACUUUAUUAAAAGAAACUCAAAAAUUACAAAAAAUCCCUAGAAUAGAUGAAAGUGAAUACUUAGAAAUCAAAUACGUAGUUCACGUACUAUUUAACAUGUAUAAAUACAAAUCAUCACCACAACAAGAUCCAAUGAAAUUAGAAAUGAUACUAUUUGAUAUACUACAAUCAACAGAAAUUGAAAAAUAUCAUAAAUACCCUUACUUAUUAUAUUCAUAUAUAAACAUGUAUAAAUUUAUCAAAUUAACAUGCACAAAAGAAUUAAAACCUUACAUAACCCCCACCACAGUAAGAUCAAUAAUCGGUAAAAAUCUAUCAAAUGCAUUUGGAAUAUGGUCACAUACACUCACCCAAAAUGAAGAUAAAGAAUUCUUGGGGUUUGCAGUAUAUCCAUCAGCUUCAUUUUUUAAUCAUUCAUGUUCACCAAAUAUUUUAAAAAUCAGAAAUAAACAAGAUAUAAGAUUUGAAACAACACGAGAAAUUUUACCAAAUGAAGAAUUAUGUAUUAGUUAUGGGAAUUUUCAAGAUGAAGAUUGA